AAAGUGAUCGUAACGUAUACCCUGGAGAUUAUCGAGGAUGCUCGCCUGACAGCACGAAUAUGCAGUCAGGCCAUAACACUGUAAACAUGCACCGGAUAGAUUACACUUCAAGUAUGUUAGUCACGUGUCAUCUGCCGGAAGUGACCUCUGUGACACAUCGGAGGAAGACAUUUGUCUAGAAUGGACAUCUUCCCCAAGUGUUCUGUCUGUCAUCAGCAGUUUGUCUUCAAAGGUCCCGCCCCCUACCUACUGCCCUGCCUACACGCGGUGUGUGAGACGUGUGUGAGAUCUGCAGCUGCUGGUGUGAUAGCAUGCUCUUCUUGUCAGACGGAGGUCAACCUCACAGAUACAAGGCUCAAGAAGGAUGCAGUGAGACAGAAGGAAGUAUUCCAUCUGACAGUCCAACAUCGCCCCACAGAGCUUCUCUGUACACACGAAGAUGACGGCACCCAGGCUGUGUGUUGGUGUCGGGAGUGUGAAGAGCUCCUCUGUGAAUACUGCCAGAAUAUGCACAGCAGCUUCAAACUGACCAGAAAACAUGUACUUCAAAACCUCAGCGACUUUAAACCAGUUAUCUCAAACAUUCCAACCCCCUGCAGUAUCCACAGCCCUGAUUCUCUUUAUCUUUUUGAUCGGAGAUGCAACAUUUUGAUUUGUGGACGAUGCAGAUUUGAAGGUCACGCAGAUCAUGAAGUUGAGAAGUUAGAUGUGGUAGCUGAAAGUAUCCUCAAACAGUUGGACCAACACAAAACUGAGCUGGCAACCUUACAAGCUCACCAACAGUCCAACAUUCAGAAUAUCAGACGAGGGACCGAAAUCACAGAUACAACGAGCAAUACGUUGACAGAAAAUAUUGGCCAUACUUUCAGAACUCUGCGAGCACAACUUGAACAAAGAGAGAAGGAACUUCUGACUGAUCUUGACGGUCAGACGAAGGGGGCCAAGACAACUCUCCGUACUCGGCUAAACACAUGUGAAGAAGCUUCGAAGAAAUGCUCUGAGGUUUUAGACUACGUCACCAAGGUUCUCACGUAUGCCUCGCAAUCAGACCUCCUGGAGUUGGAGAGUUCUGUAAGGGAGGCAACUCGGGCUUUCCUUGACACUGCUGAGACUCAAACACAGGACAUACCCGCAGCUGUCUUUAACACCAACGGCUUGUCAAAGCUGAAAUCAAACAUAUCACGAUUUGGGGCCGUCGUGACCAAGGAAUUGGAAGAAGAAUAUGCAAGAGUUUCAGACAGGGAAACUCAAACUGAACAUGACUUCAUAGCUGAGAUGGUAAUCAAAUAUAAGAACACCAUCGAUGACAUCAAGAAGAGAGCCUCAGACACCAUCGAUUUCAUUCUUGGGCUGAGCAAUGAAUGCGAUGUUCACCUGCUGAAACCAGACGUCUUGGACAAGUCGAUGGUGCUGAAGUGUAUACAUCUGAAGUAUGACACAGAUAAAAUUAACCUUGACUGCACCCACAUCAACACAGAGGGGGACUUGAUCAACAGCCAGUCUGACACCAGCUCUGCAGGGAAAGGGAGACUGAAGAAGUACUGGGGCACAUGCAGCACUAUCCCCCUCCCCUUGGUUGAUUGUCGCCAGUACUGGGAGACGAAGACCAGGGUCGGACUGGACACAACACUCACAGGGAGCAAUCUCAUCCUGGAGGUUGGUGUCUGUGCUGAGGGAGAGAUGGACAUGACUCCCUUUGUAGCCGGUCGUCCUCAUGCCUACAGUUUGAUCGUCCACCACUGUACUACUCACAAAGGGAUAUGCAAGAAAAUCAGGAAGGAGGGAAAGGUUGUGUUACAUCUACCUGACACCAUCCCCAACACAGCAGGGACAUCACACACACUACACUACGGUGUUGUCUAUGAUGACGCCAGGAAGAAGAUUGUCUUCAUUGAUGUGAAGGAGAACAAGGUGAUGUCGACGUUAGACAAUGUAGACUCCAGUCAAACCUGGUGGCCGAUGUUCGGGGUGUAUAACCCAUCUAUCGUCACUGUCAGCAUGAGACUUGUGGUGGGCCGUGACAUCAACAUGACGGAGGAGAAGAAAGCCAUGAUUGUCAAGGCGCUGUCGUGAUGUGGCAUGCUAAAGGCGGGCAUGGUGGUGAGUAUGAUCACACCCAGAUACGUAUGUAUCAACAUGACAGAGAAGAAGAAAGCUCUAGUUAUAAGACACUGUCAUGAUGCAAUGUUAUGACACAUGUGAAAUUUGUUAGUGACACUGUCAGUCAAGCCAUACUGUACACAUUAUGUGUAGCCUGAUGUCGUGGGUAUAAACUCGCUUUAAAACAACAAGUUAUGAAUGUGAAAUUUGUUGGUGACACUGUCAGUCCAGCCAUACUGUACACAUUAUGUGUAUCUUGAUGUCGUGGGUAUAAACUCGCUUUAAAACAACAAGUUAUGAAUGUGAAAUUUGUUGGUGACACUGUCAGUCCAGCCAUACUGUACACAUUAUGUGUAUCUUGAUGUCGUGGGUAUAAACUCGCUUUUAAAACAACAAGUUAUGAAUGUGAAAUUUGUUAGUGACACUGUCAGUCCAGCCAUACUGUACACAUUAUGUGUAUCUUGAUGUCGUGGGUAUAAACUCGCUUUAAAACAACAAGUUAUGAAUGUGAAAUUUGUUGGUGACACUGUCAGUCCAGCCAUACUGUACACAUUAUGUGUAACCUGAUGUCGUGGGUAUAAACUCGCUUUGAAACAACAAGUUAUGAAUGUGAAAUUUGUUGGUGACACUGUCAGUCCAGCCAUACUGUACACAUUAUGUGUAACCUGAUGUCGUGGGUAUAAACUCGCUUUAAAACAACAAGUUAUGAAUGUGAAAUUUGUUGGUGACACUGUCAGUCCAGCCAUACUGUACACAUUAUGUGUAUCUUGAUGUCGUGGGUAUAAACUCGCUUUAAAACAA